AAAGCAUGAGAACAUCUGAAUCUGGGGUGGAGACGCAGAUGGCUGAGGCUGGGCUUGGCUUUUCAGAUUUUGUGAAGAAAAUCUAAUGUAUUUCCUACCAUGGCAGUUGAUGACGGCAAUUUAUAUUCCAGGACGAAGAACAAACUAAAUUCAUCUCAGAAUGAUUGUAAAUCAUCGAGACGGAGUAGCCUGCCGCCUGAACUACUCAUAGGAAAUGACAUUAAAGGAAAACUUCAGAGAAACAUUAAAAACUUGGAACCCGUUCACCUGAGGCGCCCGAAAAAGAGACCAUCCAUAUUUCCAGCUUCUCCAGUUGGCAACGGUUAUAUCAAGCCUCCAGUUCCACCCGUAUCUGGCACACAAAAGGAGAAAGGGCCACCAGCCAUGUUACCCAUCAGUGUGGACCCAGACAGCAAACCUGGAGAAUAUGUCCUCAAGAGUUUAUUUGUCAACUUCACCACUCAGGCUGAGCGUAAGAUUCGAAUCAUCAUGGCAGAACCCCUGGAAAAGCCAUUGACAAAAUCUCUACAACGUGGAGAAGACCCCCAGUUUGAUCAAGUCAUCAGUUCAAUGAGCUCCCUUUCUGAGUACUGCCUGCCUUCCAUUCUACGUACAUUAUUUGACUGGUAUAAAAGGCAAAAUGGCAUUGAGGAUGAAUCACAUGAAUACAGACCAAGAACCAGCAAUAAAUCCAAAAGUGAUGAACAGCAGCGAGAUUAUUUAAUGGAAAGACGGGACCUCGCCAUUGAUUUUAUUUUUUCUUUAGUAUUAAUAGAAGUUUUGAAACAGAUUCCACUUCAUCCUGUAAUAGACAGUUUAAUACAUGAUGUUAUUAACUUGGCUUUCAAGCACUUUAAGUACAAAGAAGGGUACCUUGGUCCUAACACUGCCAAUAUGCACAUUGUGGCAGACCUGUAUGCAGAAGUCAUUGGAGUGUUGGCACAAGCUAAAUUCCCUGCUGUAAAGAAGAAAUUUAUGGCAGAGCUCAAAGAAUUACGGCACAAAGAGCAGAGCCCGUAUGUCGUUCAAAGCAUUAUCAGCUUGAUAAUGGGGAUGAAGUUCUUUCGAAUUAAGAUGUAUCCGGUGGAGGACUUCGAGGCCUCUCUCCAGUUUAUGCAGGAAUGUGCACAUUACUUCCUCGAGGUCAAAGACAAAGAUAUCAAGCAUGCCUUGGCUGGGCUUUUUGUUGAAAUUCUUGUCCCAGUUGCUGCUGCUGUUAAAAAUGAAGUAAAUGUUCCCUGCCUCAGAAACUUUGUUGAAAGCCUAUAUGAUACCACGCUGGAACUUUCUUCUCGAAAGAAGCAUUCCUUGGCCUUGUACCCGCUGGUGACCUGUCUGCUCUGCGUCAGCCAGAAGCAGCUAUUCCUGAACAGGUGGCACGUUUUCCUCAACAACUGCUUAUCCAACCUUAAAAAUAAAGACCCCAAGAUGGCUCGAGUUGCACUGGAAUCUCUGUACAGAUUACUUUGGGUUUACAUGAUUCGAAUUAAAUGUGAAAGCAACACAGCCACUCAGAGCCGUCUUAUAACCAUCAUCACAACACUUUUCCCCAAAGGGUCCCGUGGUGUGGUGCCGAGGGACAUGCCUCUGAACAUCUUUGUGAAAAUCAUCCAGUUCAUUGCCCAGGAACGUUUAGAUUUUGCAAUGAAAGAAAUCAUUUUUGAUUUUCUUUGUGUGGGAAAACCAGCAAAAGCUUUCAGUCUCAAUCCAGAGAGGAUGAACAUUGGUUUACGGGCGUUCUUGGUCAUAGCUGAUAGCUUGCAGCAGAAAGAUGGGGAACCUCCCAUGCCAGUUACCGGAGCCGUUCUCCCUUCAGGAAACACACUGAGGGUGAAGAAGACAUAUCUGAGUAAAACACUAACUGAAGAGGAAGCCAAAAUGAUAGGCAUGUCAUUAUAUUACUCUCAAGUACGAAAAGCUGUGGACAACAUUUUAAGGCACCUUGAUAAAGAAGUAGGAAGGUGUAUGAUGCUAACUAACGUCCAGAUGUUAAACAAAGAACCCGAAGACAUGAUCACGGGUGAGAGAAAGCCAAAAAUAGAUCUUUUCAGGACCUGUGUUGCUGCUAUUCCUCGACUGCUUCCUGAUGGGAUGUCAAAACUUGAACUUAUUGACUUGCUGGCCAGGCUCUCUAUUCACAUGGAUGAUGAACUGCGACAUAUUGCGCAAAAUUCUCUUCAGGGUUUACUUGUUGACUUCUCAGACUGGAGGGAAGAUGUCCUGUUUGGCUUUACCAACUUCCUGCUCCGGGAAGUGAAUGACAUGCAUCACACACUCCUUGAUUCAUCCCUCAAGUUACUGCUGCAGCUCCUCACCCAGUGGAAACUGGUCAUACAAACCCAAGGAAAAGUCUACGAACAAGCCAACAAGAUCAGAAAUUCAGAGCUCAUUGCCAAUGGCUCCAGCCACCGAAUCCAUUCGGAGCGAGGUCCCCACUGCAGUGUGCUCCAUGCCGUGGAAGGCUUUGCUCUGGUUUUACUCUGCAGUUUCCAGGUGGCCACACGCAAACUGUCUGUUUUAAUACUCAAGGAAAUUCGAGCUUUAUUCAUCGCCCUGGGUCAGCCUGAGGACGAUGACAGGCCUAUGAUUGAUGUCAUGGACCAGCUAAGUUCUUCCAUUCUCGAAAGUUUUAUUCACGUAGCAGCUUCGGAUUCAGCGACCUUACCCCUGACCCACAGCGUGGACCUACAGUGGCUGGUGGAGUGGAACGCCGUCCUGGUCAACAGCCAUUACGAUGUGAAGAGCCCUUCCCACGUCUGGAUUUUCGCUCAGUCUGUCAAAGACCCCUGGGUCCUCUGCCUCUUCAGCUUUCUCCGGCAGGAGAACUUGCCCAAGCACUGCCCCACUGCCCUCAGCUAUGCUUGGCCCUACGCCUUCACGCGGCUGCAGUCCGUGAUGCCUCUGGUGGACCCGAACAGCCCAAUUAAUGCCAAGAAAACCAGCACUGCCGGCAGCGGAGACAGCUAUGUUACAUUGUGGAGAAAUUACCUUAUUCUUUGUUUUGGAGUCGCAAAACCCAGUAUUAUGAGCCCGGGACACUUACGAGCUUCCACUCCAGAAAUAAUGGCGACUACACCUGAUGGUACCGUGAGCUACGAUAACAAGGCCAUAGGCACCCCAUCGGUGGGAGUUCUGUUAAAGCAGUUGGUGCCUUUGAUGAGACUAGAGGGCAUUGAGAUCACAGAGUCCUUAGUUUUAGGAUUUGGAAGGACAAAUUCCCUUGUUUUCAGAGAAUUGGUGGAAGAACUUCAUCCAUUAAUGAAAGAGGCUCUGGAACGAAGACCAGAGAACAAAAAACGCCGAGAACGGCGAGACUUGUUAAGGCUACAGCUACUUCGAAUUUUUGAACUUCUGGCUGAUGCUGGCGUAAUAAGUGACAGCACCAACGGAGCCUUAGAACGGGAUACUUUAGCCCUUGGAGCUUUGUUCUUAGAAUACGUGGACCUGACCCGCAUGCUCCUAGAAGCUGAAAAUGAUAAAGAAGUGGAAAUUCUUAAAGAUAUCCGGGCACAUUUUAGUGCCAUGGUUGCCAACUUGAUUCAGCGCGUUCCAGUUCACCACCGAAGAUUUCUCUUCCCCCAGCAAAGCCUGAGACACCAUCUUUUCAUCUUAUUCAGCCAGUGGGCAGGACCCUUCAGCAUUAUGUUCACUCCUCUGGAUCGUUACAGUGAUAGAAAUCAUCAGAUUACAAGAUACCAGUAUUGUGCAUUGAAGGCAAUGUCAGCAGUGUUGUGCUGUGGCCCAGUGUUUGACAAUGUGGGCCUUUCCCCAGAUGGCUACCUGUAUAAGUGGCUUGACAACAUUCUGGCUUGUCAAGAUUUACGAGUUCAUCAACUUGGCUGUGAAGUUGUUGUCUUGCUAUUGGAACUAAAUCCUGACCAAAUAAAUCUUUUCAAUUGGGCAAUUGACCGAUGCUACACUGGUUCCUACCAACUCGCAUCCGGCUGCUUCAAAGCCAUAGCAACUGUGUGUGGAAGCAGGAACUAUCCCUUUGACAUAGUGACAUUGUUAAACCUCGUUCUAUUCAAGGCUUCUGACACCAACAGAGAGAUUUAUGAACUCUCCAUGCAGCUCAUGCAGAUCCUUGAAGCAAAGCUUUUUGUGUACUCGAAGAAAGUAGCUGAACAAAGACCAGGAAGUAUUCUCUAUGGAACACACGGCCCGUUGCCGCCCCUGUACAGUGUGUCACUAGCCCUCUUGUCGUGCGAACUGGCCAGGAUGUACCCCGAGCUCACUCUCCCUCUCUUCUCAGAGGUCAGCCAGCGGUUUCCCACGACGCACCCGAACGGGCGUCAGAUCAUGCUCACCUACCUGCUGCCCUGGCUGCACAACAUCGAGCUGGUGGACAGCAGGCUGCUCCUCCCAGGCUCGAGUCCCAGCAGCCCAGAGGACGACGUCAAGGACCGGGAAGGAGAGGGGACGGCUUCUCACGGGCUGAAAGGCAAUGGCUGGGGCUCCCCGGAAGCUACGUCCCUGGUGCUGAAUAACCUCAUGUACAUGACAGCCAAGUACGGAGAUGAAGUUCCUGGCCCAGAAAUGGAAAAUGCCUGGAAUGCUUUAGCCAACAACGAGAAAUGGAGCAACAACCUGAGGAUCACCUUGCAGUUCCUGAUCAGCCUGUGUGGGGUUAGCAGCGACACGCUUCUCCUGCCCUAUAUUAAAAAGGUGGCCAUAUACUUGUGCCGUAAUAACACCAUUCAAACCAUGGAGGAGCUUCUGUUUGAGCUACAGCAGACGGAGCCGGUGAACCCCAUCGUCCAGCACUGUGACAACCCGCCCUUCUACCGCUUCGCGGCCAGCAGCAAGGCCUCGGCAGCAGCCUCCGGAACCACCUCCAGCAGCAAUACAGUGGUUGCUGGCCAGGACGGCUUCCCAGACGCUGAGGAAAGCAAGAUAUUGAAAGAAUCUGAUGAGAGGUUCAGUAACGUCAUUAGAGCCCAUACCCGUCUGGAGUCGAGAUACAGCAAUAGCUCUGGAGGAUCGUACGACGAGGAUAAAAAUGACCCAAUUUCUCCCUAUACUGGCUGGCUGUUGACUAUUACGGAGACCAAACAGCCGCAGCCCUUACCCAUGCCUUGUACUGGAGGGUGCUGGGCCCCCCUGGUGGACUACCUUCCAGAGACCAUCACUCCCCGGGGGCCACUCCACAGGUGCAAUAUUGCUGUCAUUUUUAUGACUGAGAUGGUGGUGGAUCACAGUGUAAGAGAAGAUUGGGCUCUUCAUCUCCCAUUGCUACUCCAUGCUGUCUUCUUAGGUUUGGACCAUUACCGGCCUGAAGUCUUUGAACACAGCAAAAAAUUGCUUCUUCACCUCUUGAUCGCCCUCUCUUGCAACAGCAAUUUCCAUGCAAUCGCUUCCGUGCUCCUGCAGACUCGAGAGAUGGGUGAAGCCAAGACUCUAACAGUGCAGCCAGCUUACCAACCCGAGUAUCUCUACACAGGUGGCUUUGACUUCCUGAGAGAGGAUCAGUCCUCCCCGGUGCCAGACUCGGGGCUGAGCUCCAGUUCCACCUCCUCCAGUAUCAGUCUGGGAGACAGCAGUGGGAACCUCCCGCAGAUGACCCAAGAGGUUGAAGAUGUGGACGCAGCUGCUGAAACAGACGAGAAGGCAAACAAGCUCAUUGAGUUUCUGACCACCAGGGCAUAUGGUCCACUUUGGUGCCAUGAGGACAUCACACCCAAAAAUCAGAAUUCAAAGAGUGCUGAACAACUCACUAAUUUUCUACGUCAUGUUGUAUCCGUGUUUAGAGAUUCCAAAUCAGGUUUCCACCUGGAGCAGCAGCUGAGUGAAGUUGCUCUUCAGACAGCCCUCGCCAGCUCUUCCAGACACUAUGCCGGCCGGUCCUUCCAGAUAUUCCGGGCCCUCAAACAGCCACUGUCGGCACACGCCUUGUCGGACCUUCUCUCGAGGCUGGUGGAGGUGAUUGGAGAGCAUGGAGAUGAGAUUCAGGGUUAUGUCAUGGAAGCACUCCUUACCUUAGAAGCUGCUGUGGAAAACUUGUCUGACUGCCUGAAGAACAGUGAUCUCUUAACUGUAUUAUCUCGCUCUUCAUCACCAGACUUAAGCUCUAACGCUAAACUAACAGCAAGCAGAAAGAGCACAGGACAGCUCAAUGUGAACCCUGGAACAGCCAGCGGCAGCACAGCAACCGCAGAGCGCAGCCGGCAUCAAAGGAGCUUCUCUGUGCCCAAGAAGUUUGGUGUCAUCGACCGGUCCUCAGACCCACCUCGGAGUGCCACCCUGGACAGAAUUCAGGCCUGUACCCAACAAGGCCUCUCCUCAAAAACCAGAAGCUCAUCUUCCUUGAAGGACAGCCUCACGGACCCAUCACACAUAAACCAUCCAACCAACCUGUUGGCCACCAUCUUUUGGGUCACGGUGGCCUUGAUGGAAUCCGAUUUUGAGUUUGAAUACCUAAUGGCCUUAAGGCUGUUGAACAGACUGCUGGCUCACAUGCCACUCGAUAAAGCUGAGAACCGAGAAAAACUGGAGAAGCUCCAGGCACAGCUCAAGUGGGCGGACUUCUCAGGGUUGCAGCAGCUGCUCCUGAAGGGAUUCACCUCUGUCACCACCACCGACCUUACCCUGCAGCUGUUCAGUUUGCUGACGCCAGUGACCAGAGUACCCAUGGUGGACUCAUCCCAAGCCAUUGGGUUUCCACUGAAUGUCUUGUGUCUUCUGCCCCAGCUGAUACAGCAUUUUGAAAACCCCGGCCAGUUCUGUAAGGAUAUAGCCGAAAGGAUUGCUCAGGUUUGUUUGGAAGAGAAGAACCCCAAACUUUCCAACCUUGCACAUGUCAUGACUCUUUAUAAAACACACAGCUACACGAGGGACUGUACCACAUGGGUCAACGUGGUCUGUCGAUACCUUCAUGAAGCAUAUGCGGACAUUACCUUGAACAUGGUUACCUACCUGGCAGAGCUGCUGGAGAAGGGCCUCCCCAGCAUGCAGCAGCCCCUCCUGCAGGUGAUCUACAGUCUGCUCAGCUACAUGGACCUUUCUGUCGUUCCGGUAAAGCAGUUCAAUGUGGAAGUUCUGAAAAUCAUUGAAAAAUACGUGCAAAGCGUCCACUGGAGAGAAGCUUUGAAUAUCUUGAAGCUAGUAGUUUCUCGAUCUGCCAGCCUAGUUUUACCUUCCUACCAACACAGUGACCUUUCAAAGAUAGAAAUACAUCGAGUAUGGACCAGUGCAUCUAAGGAAUUACCUGGGAAAACCCUGGACUUUCACUUUGAUAUUUCAGAGACGCCCAUCAUCGGGAGGCGGUAUGAUGAACUGCAGAACUCUGCUGGGCGUGAUGGGAAGCCCAGGACCAUGGCUGUCACCCGGAGUGCGUCUUCCACCUCAUCAGGCUCCAAUUCCAAUGUCCUUGUUCCUGUAAGCUGGAAGAGGCCCCAGUACUCUCAGAAGAGGACGAAAGAGAAGUUGGUACACGUCCUUUCUCUGUGUGGCCAAGAAGUCGGAUUAAGCAAAAAUCCAUCAGUGAUUUUCUCGUCGUGUGGGGACUUGGAUCUGCUGGAGCAUCAGACGAGCCUAGUGUCCUCCGAGGACGGCACCCGGGACCAGGAGAACAUGGACGACACCAAUAGUGAGCAGCAGUUCCGGGUCUUUAGAGACUUCGAUUUCCUAGACGUGGAGCUGGAGGAUGGAGAGGGCGAGAGUAUGGACAAUUUCAACUGGGGAGUCCGCAGGCGUUCUCUGGAUAGUCUGGACAAGUGCGAUAUGCAGCUUCUGGAGGAGCGCCAGCUUUCAGGAAGUUCUCCCAGCCUAAAUAAAAUGAACCACGAGGAUUCCGAUGAGUCCUCCGAAGAGGAGGAUCUCACCACCAGCCAGAUCCUGGAGCACGCUGACCUAAUCAUGAAUCUCUCCCCUUCUGAAGAGACUCAUCCCAUGGAACUCACGACCACCUGCGAUAUGACCCCCGCUGACCCUCAUGCCUUUAACACCAGAAUGGCUAGCUUUGACGCUUCUCUGCCUGAUAUGAAUAAUCUUCAGAUUUCUGAGGGUUCAAAGGUCAGCGCUGCCCAGGAGGCGGAGGACGCCACCGUGCACGAGGAUGAUCUUUCCAGCUCCAUCAACGAGCUCCCGGCAACUUUCGAAUGCAGCGAUAGCUUUAGCCUGGAUAUGACCGAGGCAGAAGAAAAAGGCAGUCGAGCGCUGGACCAGUUUACUCUUGCCAGCUUUGGAGAAGGGGAGAGGGGAGUCUCGCCGCCCCCUUCGCCCUUCUUCUCGGCCAUCCUCGCUGCGUUUCAGCCCGCGGCCUGUGACGACGCGGAGGAGGCGUGGCGCAGUCAUGUCAACCAGCUACUGUGCGACUCGGACGGCUCCUGCGCCGUGUACACGUUCCACGUGUUCUCCUCCUUGUUCAAGAAUAUUCAGAAAAGGUUCUGCUUCCUAACCUGUGAUGCGGCCAGUUACCUUGGAGACAACCUCCGGGGCAUCGGAUCCAAGUUCGUCAGCUCUUCCCAGAUGCUCACCUCCUGCUCCGAGUGCCCCACGCUUUUCGUGGACGCCGAGACCCUCCUUUCUUGUGGACUUUUGGACAAGCUCAAGUUCAGUGUUUUGGAACUGCAAGAAUAUUUGGACACCUACAACAACAGAAAAGAGGCCACCCUCUCAUGGCUUGCAAACUGUAAGGCAACAUUUGCAGGAGGAUCAAGAGAUGGCGUAAUUACCUGUCAACCAGGGGACUCGGAAGAAAAGCAAAUGGAAUCUCUUGCACAACUGGAACUGUGUCAGAGGUUGUAUAAGCUACACUUCCAGCUGCUGCUGCUUUUUCAGUCGUACUGUAAGCUCAUCGGCCAGGUGCACGAAGUCAGCUCCAUGCCAGAGCUGCUAAAUAUGUCCAGGGAACUGAGUGACCUAAAGAAAAACCUGAAGGAGGCUACUGCAGCCAUCACAGCCGACCCUCUCUACAUAGAGGGGGCGUGGUCUGAGCCGACCUUCACGUCCACUGAAGCAGCCAUCCAGUCCAUGCUCGAGUGCUUGAAAAACAACGAACUUGGCAAGGCUUUACGGCAAAUCCGGGAAUGCAGAAGUCUGUGGCCCAAUGACAUCUUUGGAAGCAGUUCUGACGAUGAGGUCCAGACACUACUGAAUAUUUAUUUCCGUCAUCAAACUCUGGGACAAACAGGUACUUACGCACUGGUGGGGUCUAACCAGAGCCUGACCGAGAUCUGCACCAAGCUGAUGGAGCUGAACAUGGAGAUCCGGGACAUGAUCCGCAGGGCCCAGAGCUACCGGGUCCUCACCGCUUUCCUUCCAGACUCCAGUGUUUCCGGCACUAGUCUCUGACAGGAGCCUUCCGUCCCCCAUGGGUGUCAAGCUGGGGGUGCUGCCAUGCUGGGGUGACGUCAUUCAGUGUCUUCUCGGCCUUCAAAAGGCUUGGUCAGACUGUUCUCCCUCUUGUUACCUGUAGGACUUUUUCUAAAGAGGAUGGCAGAACUUCCCACAUGUAGCAAUACUAUAAGAACCAAGGUAGCAUAGGACAUUCUGGAACAACCUCCAUCCGUCAUGCUGUGUGGCACAAAUGUGUUAUUUUACUGAGCAAAUGCAACUCACUACUGAAGAUGUGACUUCCAUUGCAUACCAAAGCCGACUACUCUGCACAGUACCUUCCUUUCUAGAAACAAUUUUAGAUUGGCAAAAGUGCAAUGUUUUCUUCGCUAAAAAUAUUUUAUAUUCUAAAACUUGUACAUUCUUUCCUUUUCUUUUUUUUUUUCUUUUUUUGGUGGGCUGAGGAAGGGGCAGGCAGAAUGAAGCUGGCCACUGAAAAUUGUAAGACGGUCAAAAGCUGACAGCCUGUAUAUGUGAAAAGGGAAUUGUAAAUGGACAAUUUAAUGUACACUGAAAUUUGAAUACAAUUACUGUAUCUAAAAGGAGCUGCUAUGAAGUACCUUUCUUAUGUUGCUAGGCUACUGUUUCGAAAGCCCUGGAUCUCUUUGCAGGGGUCUGUGAUUAGGACCCUCGCACCAAAAAUGGUCCAGAGAGACUUUUUUUUAAAGGAUCUUGGCUGCUUUUUACUAUAAGGUUGCUUUUAUGAGCAUAUUUAUACUACAGAAUGAUGAGUGUUAAUUUUAACCAACUUGGCCAUUUUGUAGAAAAAAGUUAAAGACAUUCAACAUUAUAAAUUCCAAGUCUUUUCACCUGUUACGCAUGCAUAUUUUAAUAUCUGUUUGGAUAGCUGGAAGUAGAAUCAUAACGGUAAAAUAUGAGUUGUCACUUUGUUUCUUAAGAAAUGUCAUUUUAUUUGUAAUAUAUAUGUAAAGGGCCAUUCUUAAGUUUUCUCCUUAAACUUAAUGCUGUCAAGUGUUAGCUGUGUGCAUGUAAACCUGUUGCACAUUAGAAACAUUCAAAGUUUAUCUGUGUAACUUAUUCACUCUGUAAAUACAUUUAAAGUUUUUGUGAUGUAAUCUCGGUUAAUAUUCUCUUUAGACUAAAAGAAAAAAAUACAUAUUGACCACAGGUUUUA